AAAGAAGAAGGUGGGAGGCGGUGUGUGUGUGGUGGUGGUGGUGGUGGGGGGGGGGGACUUCCUCGGAGUAAUUGCGAAGAGGAUCGAGCAGAAGCAGAGAGACGAGGAGGAGGAGAAAGAGGCCGCGUCUCUCUCUCGCUCGCUCUAUUUCUAAAUCUCGCGCGCGCGCGCGCACAGAAAGCGUCGCGCAAUCCAAGUUUUUUGCGCGCGCGGUUCAUUUCGAGACUACAUAGCCCCCUCUCCAUCCACCUCCUCCUCCUUUCCUUCCUUCCCUCCCUCCUUCCCUCCCCCUAAGCUCCCAUGGCUGUCCCCGCUCCCCUCGUGCCUCCCUCGUCCGUCAUGCACUCUGCGAGCGCUCCCGUGCCCGGCGGGGCCAUGUACCGCCAGGAGAGCAAGAGCGAGCAGCCUUUCGGACCCCCAUCCCCGGGAGACCCGCCGGCCAGCGGCGGUGGCGGCGGCGGCGGUGGAGGUCUCGGCUCUCAGCGCAGGCCCGAACACAACAAGGGCUACCCGGUGUCUCCUCCCGUCGAGAACUUGGCCCUCAGAGAUCUCUACUGGUCCGAGUCGAAGACCCCGUGCUCGACGCCGUCCCCCUCGGAGUCGGCGUCGCCCGGAGGAGUCGCGUUCCUGCCCGACACCAAACCGCCCGUCUUCUCCGGCUCACCCACCUCGGAGUGUCCGUCUCAAGGUGGUGGCGGUGGUGGUGGUGGUGGCGGUGGCGUUUACAUGCCCGACAGCAAACCCGUCUACCUGAUGACCGAAAGCGCAUCCAUGAGUGUGGGCACCGCGGGGGGCGCGCCGCUCUUCCGCUCCGCGGGGGUUCCCGGCGGCUCGGAGCAAAAGUCGCCCUUCUCGUCGCACGGCUCCGGCUCCUCGGACGGCUCCCCCGCAUCGCUGCUCAGCGGCCUUUAUCUGGCACAAGAGCAGCACAAGUCCGCCUACGCGCCCAGCAGCCCGCCCGCGUCUCUACCGCAACAACAGAGCCUGCAGCAGCAGCAGCAACAGCAGCAGCAGCAACAGCAGCAGCAGCAACCGCAGUCUCAACCGCAGCAGCAGCAGCAGCCACCGCAACCGCAAUCAGCGCCUCCUCCACCUCCCGAUGGCUCAACGCCCAUGCCGCCGCACCAUCAUCACCACCACCACGGCGGCGGCGUUGGCGGCGGCGGUGGCAUCGGGAGCGGUCCCUCGCCACUCUCGUCCCGGGGCGUGUACCGGGUCGAGCCGGGGACUAAAUCCAUGUUCCCCGCGUCACCCGCGGGCGACAUCAAGCAGUGCUCGCUCGAAGCUCAGUUCGCAGCAGCAGCAGCAGCCGCAGCCGCUGCUGCUGCAGCAGCUGCCGGCGGUGGUGGUGGUGUUGGUGGAGUCGCUUGCGUGAGCGGCGCGGGUGGCGACAAGAAGGUUGUGUACUGCACUCCGCCGCCGGUGGAGAACACGCCGGCUCACAACGAGUGCCGGCUCGUCGAACUCCACGGCGCCAAAGUGGCGUCGUUCACCGUGCACGGCCAAGAGCUCAUCUGCCUGCCGCAGGCGUUCGACCUCUUCCUCAAGCCCCUGGUCGGCGGCCUUCACACGGUCUACACGAAGCUCAAGCGGCUGCACAUCGUGCCUGUGGUGUGCAACGUGGAGCAGGUGCGCGUGCUGCGCGGCAUGGGAGCCAUCCAGCCAGGCGUGAACCGUUGCAAGCUCAUCUCGCGCCACGACUUCGAGACGCUCUACACGGACUGCACGAACACGAGCUCCAGGCCGGGCCGGCCCCCGAAACGAGCACACGGACUGCUGUCGCCCGACAGCAUGCUGCCCCACCACGGCCUCCUCUCGCCCGGCGUGCUCUCUCCUCCAGGCCUGGGUCCCACGGGGGGCGUGAGCUCUGGCGCCGCCUUCCCGGAGAGUCUGAAGAUGAAAAAGCUGAAGCUGGAGGCGGUGAAUGGCGUCCAUGGCAAUGGUAACCCGAGCAACAAGGAGGGCGACACCACCGAGAUGUGCUCCGCAUCGGCCGGUGGAGGUGAGGGUCUGUGGGACAGGGGGAAGCACCACUCCCCCAAGACCCCCCUGACCCCCCCGGGGAUGAGCGCCCAGCCCCUGUCGGCGACGCACGGCCCCCCCACCUCACACCCCCUCACCCAGCUCCAGCAGAGCUCCCUCUUCUCCAACGGGGCUCAGCUACCACUGUGGGUGUCGUGGCUAUCCGGACACUCCCAAAAUGUUCUAGGCCUGGAGCACAUGGGCAGCGCGCUCCCCUUCAUGAUGAUGUCGCACCCGCUCCUCCCCGUCUCGCUGCCGCACGCCGCCUCCGUCACCAUGGCGAUGGGUCACAUGACCCACCUCGGUGGCGGUGGCAACGCCAGCAACAUGGCCGCCGGGGCCGGCGAGGCUCAGCCCGGACACCCGCUCCGGCUCGACGCGGGCCUCAAGGAGAGGAGUGAGGAGAGGGACAGCUCCCCCGAGCCGUCCCCCAUGCGGAGGCAGCGAUCCGAGGAGCCCCCGUCCCCACGCCACUGCUCCCCGCCAGCGCUCGCACACGGAUCCAUCGAGCGACUCGGUGUGCCCUUGCACGGGUGUGCGUUGGUGCGUGCGUGCGUGGCAGGAGGCGUGCACCAGAAUGGGCUGUGCGUGGGGCCUGUGCCACUCCCCGCCAUGGCCCCGCGGCCCGGCAGCCAUGCCCGUGACGACGCCAAACACGACGGCAACGACAGGGGCCUCGCCGAGCAGAAAGAUGGAAUGGCAGUGGGGAUGCUGGCCGGCGCGGCGGGGGAUAAACAGCACAGCCUUGCCAGCCUCGCUCAACUCCACGCAGACUUCCCAGCCGCCGCCUUCCUCUUCCCAGACGGGCUGUCCUCCACCGAGACCCUGCUCACCAACAUCCAGGGCCUGCUGAAGGUGGCGGCCGACUCGGCGCGGGCGCAGGACAAGCAGGCGCAGCUGGAGAAGUCGGAGCUGCGCAUGGAGAUCCUGCGGGAGCGCGAGGUGCGCGAGGCCCUGGAGAGGGAGCUCGCCACCGAGCAGCGCAACCGCGAACUCGUGCAGAAGCGUCUGAAGAAGGAGAAGAAGGCCAAGAGGAAGCUGCAGGAGGCGCUGGAGUUUGAGGGCAAGCGGCGGGAGCAGGCCGAGCAUGCGCUCACGCAGGCCACCAACCCCGACGGCCUGCGUGGCCUCGGAGAGCCACUGAGCCCCAUGAUGGAGGGAGAGAGAAGUGGACAGGGGGAGAACGAGAGAGUGGCUCAACAAGAAUCGAGGAUGUCCUUCAAAAACCCGGGACUCUACUGACCGGGCGUCAAGGUGGCAACGAAUUGGGUUGAGGGGGUUGUGGGGAGGGUGGGGGGUUGGGGGGCAGGGCAGGGUUGGGGCGGGGGGUGGAUGGCGUUUGGACUAAAACGAGCGGACGGAGUUGUCAAGGGUCACGCAGCCAAGUGGUCAGUGGCGAUCACAGCCCAGGGGCCCCUGUGGGGGUGAGGUGGGGCGGGGGGGGGCUGGGGCGGGUGGGGGGGGGGGGGCAUGUCCGGGGGUCGAGCCCCCCGUGAACCCAGGGGGGGGGGUCCGGAGGCUGCCCCGACUCUUCCCGAGCGAUUUCCUGUUUGUGCCCCGGCGUGCGGGGGGGGGGGGGGGGGGGGGGGGGGGGACCCGUGCUUCGUGCCCGUUGCUGCGGCUGCCCCCCGCGUGUGUUUGCGGGUCGAGAGGGCCACCGGACGUCCGACGGUUCACUCCACGUGCCGGGAGCUUCCUCCUUCUCCUCCUCGUCGUCCUCUACUUUUUCUGCAGCUGAAUUCUCCAGGAACCCGAAAACACAUCGGGAGCUGCUCGCAAGCGGCUCGUAAAAAAUAGGGGGGGUGGCGGGGGCUGGCUGAGAAUUUGUUGACACUGAAUCCCGGUGUCUGCGGGAGUGAAUCUGCAUGUCCCGUCUUUACUUGUGGUUGCUGAACAUGAACGUGUGUUUGGGGCGUGGGGGGGCGGCCCUAAGAUGCUGCAGCGGCUGGCGGUUUUUUUUGGGGGGGGGGGGGGCGUGAGGAGGUCAGGGUUAUGAUCCACCACCCCUCCCCCCCCUCCCACUUGGAUAUUGAUUGCGGUUGUAAAAUAUAAAACGGAGUGUGCCCCUCUCAUACUCCCCCCCCGCCCACCCCUCCCCCCUCUUCUCCCACCACCCCAACAACACGUCCAUACACAUUCCCUCCUAUUCCUUACCCACCCCCCCCUA